AUGAGUUGCGACGUCCAAUCACCAGCUGGUGGCCACCAGAAUACGCGAUGGAAAUAUCUCGAUCAGAUCCGCCAAAAUGCCGGGCCCUAUACAGACCCUGAGGCCAUUGCACCUGAAGCACUCGAAGGAUUCAAUACGUUGAAAGUUCUUGGUGCAGGUGGCCUAGGAUGCGAAAUUCUCAAGAACCUUGCCAUGUCGGGAUUCAAAAAUAUCCAUGUGAUAGAUAUGGAUACAAUCGACAUCUCCAAUCUAAACCGACAAUUUCUUUUCAGAAAAGACGACGUUGGCAAAUACAAAGCCGAGGUCGCUGCUGCAUUUGUUGAAAAGAGAGUAAAGGGUGUCUCCAUCACAGCGCAUAACAACCGCAUCCAAGACUUCGAUGAGGAGUUCUAUAAACAGUUCCAGCUUGUCAUUUGCGGUCUUGACAGCAUUGAAGCCCGCCGCUGGAUCAAUGCUAUGCUUGUUUCUAUUGCCGAAGAAGGCGAGGACGCUGAUGCCUUGAAGCCCUUGAUUGACGGCGGUACUGAAGGCUUCAAAGGUCAAGCACGAGUUAUUCUACCCACCAUGACCUCGUGUAUCGAGUGCCAACUUGAUAUGCACGCCCCCCGUGCCGCUGUUCCCCUAUGCACAAUUGCCUCGAUCCCUCGACAGCCCGAGCAUUGCGUCGAGUGGGCUCACGUUAUUGCUUGGGAUAAAGAGAAACCAUUCCCAAAGCUGGAUAAGGAUGAUCCAGAACAUGUCACUUGGCUAUUCCAAAAGGCCCUCACCCGUGCUCAGGAAUUUGGCAUCCCUGGCGUCACUUACUCCUUAACACAAGGAACUAUCAAGAAUAUCAUUCCGGCCAUCGCUUCUACCAAUGCCAUCAUCGCCGCCGCAUGCUGCAACGAAGCUUUCAAGAUAGCAACGAGCUCGGCACCGUGCCUUGGAUUUCAAACAAAUUACAUGAUGUACUCGGGCAACGAUAGCAUCUACACAUACACCUUUAAGCACGAGAAGAAGGACGACUGUCCUGUAUGUGGACGCCAGGCUCGCCCUCUCGAGGUAGAUCCCAAAACGACACUGCAAGAGUUGAUCGAAUCAUUCGCCAUCAGACCCGAGGCUCAGUUGAAGAAAGCUUCGGUACGUGCCGAAGGAAAGACUUUGUACAUGCAGUUUCCCCCGAGCUUGGAAGAACAGACACGUCCAAACUUGAACAAGACGCUCAACGAGCUUGGGCUCGAAGAUGGGCAGCAGGUCGUCGUCACCGAUCCUGCGUUCCCUCUCGAAUUCAACUUUUUCUUCAAAUUCAAGACAGCUUCCUAG